CGGCCGGCGGCGGCCCCGGGGCUGGGGGGAGUCCAGCCCGGAUAUUGAGUGCAGCCAUUGAGAAAAGCCAAACUCUUGUGUGUGUGCGUCUCGAAUAGCCCCCAAGAUGGCCGCCAAUGUGGGAUCGAUGUUUCAAUAUUGGAAGCGAUUUGAUCUACGGCGACUCCAGAAGGAGCUUAAUUCCGUCGCUUCUGAGCUGUCUGCACGGCAGGAGGAGAGUGAACAUUCUCAUAAACAUUUAAUUGAACUCCGCCGGGAAUUUAAGAAAAAUGUACCUGAGGAAAUCAGAGAGAUGGUGGCUCCUGUAUUAAAAAGCUUCCAAGCUGAGGUGGUGGCCCUUAGUAAAAGAAGUCAGGAAGCUGAAGCUGCUUUUUUGAGUGUUUACAAGCAAUUAGUUGAAGCACCAGACCCCGUGCCUGUAUUUGAGGCGACACGCAGCCUAGACGACAGGCUGCAGCCCCCCAGCUUCGACCCCAGUGGGCAGCCGCGGCGAGACCUCCACACUUCGUGGAAGAGGCACCCCGAGUUCCUCAGCCCUAAAGAGCAGAGAGAGGGGACGUCUCCAGCCGGGCCCACGCUGACCGAGGGGGGCCGCCUCCCGGGCAUUCCCAGCAAAGCCCUCCUGACAGAAACUUUGCUGCAGAGAAAUGAGGCGGAGAAACAGAAGGGCCUUCAAGAAGUACAAAUCACGUUGGCAGCCAGACUGGGGGAGGCAGAGGAAAAGAUCAAGGUUCUACAUUCAGCGCUGAAGGCCACACAGACAGAGCUGCUGGAGCUGCGGCGGAAGUACGAUGAAGAGGCGGCGUCCAAGGCAGAUGAAGUCGGCCUGAUCAUGACCAACCUGGAGAAGGCUAAUCAGAGAGCUGAGGCCGCCCAGCGGGAGGUGGAAAGUCUUCGGGAACAACUUGCCUCUGUCAACAGCUCCAUCCGCCUGGCCUGCUGCUCCCCGCAGGGCCCCGGCGGGGAUAAGGUGAACUUCGCGCUGUGCUCGGGCCCGCGGCUCGAGGCAGCCCUGGCCUCCAAGGAUCGGGAGAUCCUGCGGCUGCUGAAGGACGUGCAGCACCUCCAGAACUCCCUGCAGGAGCUGGAGGAGGCCUCCGCCAACCAGAUUGCCGACCUGGAGCGGCAGCUCUCCGCCAAGUCCGAGGCCAUCGAGAAGCUGGAAGAGAAGCUCCAGGCACAGUCCGACUAUGAAGAGAUUAAAACAGAGCUGAGCAUCCUGAAAGCCAUGAAGCUGGCCUCCAGCACCUGCAGCCUCCCCCAGAGCCUGGCCAAGCCCGAGGACUCACUGCUCAUGGCAAAGGAGGCCUUCUUCCCCGCACAGAAAUUUCUGCUGGAGAAGCCCGGUCUCCUGGCCAGCCCUGAGGAGGACCCAUCGGAGGAAGAUUCCAUCAAGGACUCUCUGGGCACGGAGCAGUCCUACCCAUCUCCUUCGCAGCUCCCACCCCCUCCAGGGCCGGAAGACCCCCUGUCCCCAGGCCCUGGGCAGCCCCUGUUGGGCCCUGGCCUGGGACCCGAUGGCCCUCGGACUUUCUCGCUGUCCCCCUUCCCUGGCCUGGCCUCAGGGGAGAGACUGUCGGGGGACAUGCUGCUAUCUAAGCAUCUGGUGCCCUCAGCCACCUUCAAGGGAGAGUCGGGCAGCCUGCUGGUGUUUCCCCCAGUCUUCUAUGGCGCCAAGCCCCCCACGGCCCCCGCCACCCCAGCCCCUGGCCCUGAGGCACCCGGGGGCCUCGAGCUGGCUGACAGUGGUGGGGGCAGCAUGGCCGGGGCAGGGCCCGGAGCAGAGGAGGAGCAGCUGGACACAGCCGAGAUCGCGUUCCAGGUGAAGGAGCAGCUGCUCAAACACAACAUCGGGCAGCGGGUGUUCGGCCACUACGUGCUGGGGCUGUCGCAGGGCUCGGUCAGCGAGAUCCUGGCCCGGCCCAAGCCCUGGCGCAAGCUCACGGUGAAGGGCAAGGAGCCUUUCAUCAAGAUGAAGCAGUUCCUGUCGGACGAGCAGAACGUGCUGGCCCUGAGGACCAUUCAGGUGCGGCAGCGAGGCAGCAUCACCCCGAGAAUCCGCACACCAGAGACGGGCUCAGAUGACGCCAUCAAGAGCAUCCUGGAGCAGGCCAAGAAGGAGAUCGAGUCACAAAAGGGGGGUGAGCCCAAGAACUCAGCCCCGCUGAGCAUCACCAACGGCACAGCGUCUGCCAGCACCUCAGAAGACGCCAUCAAGAACAUUCUGGAACAGGCCCGCCGGGAGAUGCAAGCACAGCAGCAGGCCCUGCUGGAGAUGGAGGCAGGCCCCCGGGGCCGCUCGGUGCCUCCCUCGCCCCCAGAGCGGCCCUCGCUGGCGGCGGUGAGCCAGAACGGGGCCCCGACCUACGUCAAGCAGGAGGACAGCAGUGGCGGUGGGGGGACCAGCAGCAGUGCCACGCAGACACCCCUCACCGUCCUGUCCCCCGCCGCCUUCGUGCAGAGCAUCAUCCGGAAGGUCAAGUCCGAGAUCGGCGACGCCGGCUACUUUGAUCAGCACUGGGCCUCAGACCGAGGCCUGCUCAGCCGCCCCUACACCUCGGUUUCGCCCUCACUCUCCUCCUCCUCCUCCAGCUACUCCGGCCAGCCCAAUGGACGGGCCUGGCCCCGUGGGGAGGAGGCCCCCACGGCCCCUGAGGACGAAGCAGCAGGGGGUGAGGAUGAGCCCCCCAGGCUGGGCGAGCUCAAGGCUGAGGGGGGUGUCCCCGAGUUGGGCAGCGGCGGGAGGCUGGCCUACUACCCAGCAUAUGUGCCCCGCACGCUGAAGCCCACCGUGCCGCCCCUGACCCCUGAGCAGUACGAGCUCUACAUGUACCGUGAGGUGGACACGCUGGAGCUGACGCGCCAGGUCAAGGAGAAGCUAGCCAAGAACGGGAUCUGCCAGAGGAUCUUUGGGGAGAAGGUGCUGGGCCUGUCACAAGGCAGUGUGAGUGACAUGCUGUCCCGGCCGAAGCCGUGGAGCAAGCUGACGCAGAAGGGGCGGGAGCCCUUCAUCCGCAUGCAGCUGUGGCUCUCGGACCAGCUCGGCCAGGCCGUGGGCCAGCAGCCCAGCGCCUCCCAGGCCAGCCCCACCGAGCCGAGGUCCUCGCCGUCCCCGCCCCCCAGCCCCACGGAGCCUGAGAAGAGCGCCCAGGAGCCCCUGAGCCUGGCCCUGGAGAGCAGCAAGGAGAACCAGCAGCCGGAGGGACGCUCCAGCUCCUCGCUGAGUGGGAAGAUGUACCCCGGCAGCCAGGCCCCGGGGGGCAUCCAGGAGAUGGUGGCCAUGUCCCCCGAGCUGGACACGUACUCCAUCACCAAGAGGGUCAAAGAGGUUCUCACCGACAAUAACCUCGGGCAGCGGCUGUUCGGGGAGAGCAUCCUGGGCCUGACGCAGGGCUCCGUGUCUGACCUGCUGUCCCGGCCCAAGCCCUGGCACAAGCUCAGCCUGAAGGGCCGGGAGCCCUUUGUGCGCAUGCAGCUGUGGCUCAGCGACCCCCACAACGUGGAGAAGCUGAGGGACAUGAAGAAGCUGGAGAAGAAAGCCUACCUGAAGCGCAGGUACGGCCUCAUCAGCACCGGCUCAGACAGCGAGUCUCCAGCCACCCGAUCCGAGUGCCCCAGCCCCUGCCUGCAGCCCCAGGACCUGAGCCUCCUGCAAAUCAAGAAGCCCCGAGUGGUGCUGGCGCCUGAGGAGAAGGAGGCCCUGCGGAAGGCCUACCAGCUGGAGCCCUACCCCUCCCAGCAGACCAUCGAGCUCCUCUCCUUCCAGCUCAACCUCAAGACCAACACCGUUAUCAACUGGUUCCACAACUACAGGUCCCGGAUGCGCCGGGAGAUGUUGGUGGAGGGGACCCAAGAUGAACCAGACCUCGACCCCAGUGGGGGUCCUGGCAUCCUGCCGCCAGGCCACCCCCACUCAGACCCCACCCCGCAGAGCCCCGACUCAGAGGCUGAGGACCAGAAGCCUCCCGUGAAGGAACUGGAGCUCCGGGAGGGCCCUGCGGAGAGCACCACACCCCUCCCCGCCCAGGCCGAGGCCCAGGCCCAGGUGAGGGUUAAGCAGGAGCAGCCCGAGGACCACACUGAGGAAGAGGCAGGCCGCCAGCCCCAGGACUCAGGGGAGUUGGACAAAGGCCACGGUUCUCCCGGAGAGAUGCACCCCGACCCUCCGGGCAACGACGGACGCCCAAAAGUGGCCCCCGGGCCCCUUCUUCCAAGCGGGACCGCCCCAGACUGCCCCUCCCUACAGCCCCCACAGGAGAGCAGGGGCGGAGAGCGGCUAUACCCGGACCCCCUGAGUUUUAAGUCGGCUUCAGAGUCCUCGCGCUGCAGCCUGGAGGUUUCCCUGAACUCACCCUCGGCUGCCUCCUCCCCAGGCCUCAUGAUGUCUGUGUCACCGGUGCCCUCCUCCUCCGCCCCCAUCUCCCCAUCCCCACCUGGCGUCCCCCCUGCCAAAGUGCCCAGUGCCAGCCCGACUGCCGACACGGCCGGGGCCUUGCACCCCAGCGCCAAGGUGAACCCCAACUUGCAGCGGCGGCACGAGAAGAUGGCCAAUCUGAACAGCAUCAUCUACCGGCUGGAGAGGGCCGCCAACCGGGAGGAGGCGCUGGAGUGGGAGUUCUGAGGGCGGGCAAGGGGCGCGCCCAGCCGGCCGCCUGGCCCCAGACGGUCCAGGAGGGAGGAGCUCAGCCACCCAGGCGUGGACAGCGACGCUCUGCCGUUUACAUUUGUUGCCGUAACCCUAGUUCUGUAAAGUCGUGUGUGCGCAGGUGGGGCAGAUGCCGCCACCUCCUCUCUUCAGCACCCCUGCCCCGGGGGCACCCUCCUCUCCACCCAGCCUCUCUGCACAAGGCAGAAGCCAAGAGACGCCGCAUCUUCUCCUGGAAACUCCAAACUCUUUUAGAAAAAUAAAUAAAUAUUUAUAGACCUCUUUUAGAUAUUUUAAUAAAGGAUCCUUUGGAAUUUAUUCCCAGCUGAUGCUGUUUUGAUAUCACAGAGAGUUAUGAAAUCAGGAUGCCGUCACAACUGUUGCGAGUAUACACUGAAGUUGUGUCGUUUUUGCCACUAGAUGAGAUUAAAAGAAGACAAUUGUUCAAAGCCAUCACAAAACACUCUUUAAGACCGACCAAAACUUAGCUAACCUUUGACCCACGGUUUCUUCCCCACGUCUGUCUCUGAGACACAGCACGUUGCUGCUGCCCUCCCGGAACCCGUGCUGAGAAGAUAAAGUCCAAAAGACUCUAAAUGGAAACCUCGAUGCCACUGAGGAUGUGUUUCACUCUGGUGGUCUGCUUUGCAACCUCGGUAACACAGAACGCCCGUGCUGUUGGUAGUGUUGUAGAGACGUGGGCUGUGGCCCGCUGCCCCGCCUGAGACGUGUGUUUCACGGCACAAAACGAACGGCCCGCACCCCCUCUGGUCGGGAACCCGUGGGCCAUGGGGGUCGGACGUCCAUCUCGUGCUUGCGUGGACAAGACGUGUUUCCAGACCCUUUGGAAAGCCAGGCAUGGGGGCCAGUGAUUGGAGGAUGGCGCUUGAGCCAGAGUGACCCCGUUCCCCACCCUGAGUCGUGGCCACGGUGCAGAAGUUUCCCUGCUGGUUUUUCAGAGCAAGACUGUGGCCGCCGUUGUCUCGUUUUUGUGUUUUAAGAAAACAACAGCGUCAGUCGCCUCACAAGCGCCCAGCGCCAAAAAGUAGGUUCAUCGCACCCGAGACCCCAGCUCCCCUCCUCGCCACCUCUCUCACGCGGGCCGGGAGCCGCUUCUGGGAGGUGUGCUCAGCUCCGCGUGCGUGCAGCGCCGGCGAGCAGGCCAAG